AUGUCUUGCUUCUCUUUCUUCUCCCUUCUUCCAUUGUUAUUGUUACUCCAAACCUCCAUAGCCACAGUAGCCCAUCAAGAUGAUCUUCCAAACCUCCAUAGCCACAGGAGCCCAUCAAGAAGAUCUUCCAAACCAAACACUGUAUUCCAAGUAACCAAACCCAUCGACAUCCCUAAUACCGUGCCUUGCAAGCAACUCCUCCUCGAACACGAUUUCGGCUCCACCAUGGGCAAACCCCCGGUCGUAGUAGACUACAAUGGCCCUCCUUCCCACUGUGCUUCGUACAAUUUCUCCAAGAUUGUCUUAGAAUGGACGGGAACCUGCAACGGAACACAAGGACACACCAUUUUCGGAGUAUGGCUAGACGGGGUGGAGCUCAUCAGGAGCUCCCCUGCCCAAACACCGGGGCUCAAUGUAUCGGUUGCGUGGACUGCACGAAAAGAUAUCACCAGGUACUCUUCCUUGUUACUCAAGAAAGAGACUCAAAAGCUCGCGGUCUUCCUUCGCAACACGAUUUAUAGUGUGUUUACCGGAGUGUAUCACAUCACAAUCGGCGUCUCAUUUUACCCUAGCCCCAAUCCAGAGAUAAUUACUGAUAAUUCGGGUUUCGAAUUUGUGUCCAACAAUAUUGCUGAUUUGAUCCUACCCAUUUCUCGAAAUGUCGAAUCAAAAGAUGGGUUGUGGUUUCCAAUUGAGAACUCUGCUGACGAGAAGCAAAUCAAGGAGUUCAAAAUUCCUCAGAACGCUUACAGGGCUGUGUUGGAGGUUUAUGUAUCGCCCAUCGAUACCGACGAAACGUGGUGGUCAAGUUACCCGGCCGGGUUCUAUAGUUUCAAUCACAAACUUCUCGGUGGUCACGGAGACGGACCUUUCAGAGAUGUAGCGAUCCGUCUGGACGAUGUCGUGGUGGGCGCCAUCUGGCCUUACCCUGUGAUUUUCGGCGCAGGGAACGAUAUGUGGAAUCCUGUUGCCAGCAUUGGCUGCUUCGAUCUGCCAUCCUACGACAUCGAAUUGACUCCCUUCCUCGGGACUCUGCUGAAUGGAGGGAUUCACAAUCUGAGUUUCGACAUAGGGAACGCCGUCAGUGUAUGGUACAUUGAUGCCAACUUGCACAUAUGGUUGGACCACCAGAGCAGCAAGACAACAGGGGAACUCGUAUCAAGCAACACCGAACCACUGCAUCUCUCAUCGACUAUGGCGAUGAAGGGGGUAGUCAUGGAAUCGCGAGUCAAGGCACAGAGGAUGAUAUCUUCACAAGGAUGGGUGCAAUCCUCGCACGGAAAAAUUACUAGUCAUGUCACCCAAAUGUUGCAUUUCACUAACAACAUGUACAUGGCAUUCGACUCUGUGUGGAACUACAGCAGCAGAGUAGAACAGUUCAUUCUUUCGAACGAUAGCAUUUCGUUCGUGAAGAACUCCAGUACUGUCCCUAACUUCCUUUCGUUCGACUCGGUGAAGAAGUUUACCAUAUCGAACAAGGACGAAAUGGUACCAUCGUCGACUGGAGGUGACGGAAAUGAUGUUCAGCGAACAGAUAUCGAAACAGGGUACGACGAUGAGAAGACGUGUAACAACUUUGAAUCUGGAGCAGUGAUGACUACCACCUUGAAAGAUAAGCAGAUUGGCAAUGGCGUUUGGAUUGUCAAGAACUUUUCGUGGCUGGAUGAAGUACUGGAUAUGAAGCAAUUAUACAACUACAAGAAUGUUGGUGACAAUAGCAAGGUAUGUUAUUUGAGGAGCAUUGCCACCUCAAACGCCACCAUCGUUUAUGACAAGGAAGAUGUUAAGUGCUAA